UUGGACAGCGUCUUGAGAAAUGCAGUUCCGGUUCCAGUGGCACUGUUGACGCGCUCAGAAAGGGCAUGUGCAAUGGUCCUGUUCCCACUGACGAGCUUGUUGGCUUCUUGUCCGGUAACAUCUCUGAGAACACAUGGAGUGACGAGUACCUCGGCGUGAAUGCCAUUGUCCAUGGGCCGGCGGAAAAAAGGAUAGUGGUUCCCAAUGGAUGGACGUUCAAAGGGUCCGGAGCAUGGGCGGUGUGGCCUGUUGGCGACAUGGGGCAGACUGUGCCGUACUACUUUGCGAACAACAAGUUCACUCUUGUGGCGACGGUGUCCAUCCACGAGGUGCCGCAGAGUGGCAGCACCGUUCCUUUGAUGGGUGUGAGGAUGAAUGACACCAGCAGCACGGUCCUUUUUGGUCUGUCAUACACCCACGACAAGAAGUGGCUGGCCAUACCGGGGAAUCCUGGUAAUGUGGAGGAUGUUGAUGAGUGGGAGGAUGUUGUUGAUAUUGUUAAAUGGGAGCCAAACAAGACAUAUCAGGUGGUACUGCGAAUGGAUUAUGAAGAAUGGAGUGUCUUUGUAGAUGGAAAGGAAAUCCACAACACGGAAUAUAAUGACCAUCUGUUUAACUCGCACAGGAUUUCACACUUCUACAUCGGUGGGGACAGUAAGGACCGAAGUGCAACGGGCGGCCAUGUGACGGUGACCAACGUCAUGCUGUACAAUGAGAGACUCUUAAGUGAUAAGCUGCAUAAACUCAAUGCCAGCAAGGUCACUAUUCCAUCACUGGGUGUUGAGGAAAAGUCCACAGGGCAGGUGGCCAGCACAGACGUCUCAGUUGCUUCCGAGUCAAGGAGUGAAGAAAGCACCACCUAUGAGAAAUUGAAUGAGGAUGAUCCUGAAAAACAAGAGGAAGAAAGCGCCGAUGAUCCGGUGCCUGCAGCGCCCUCUUUCACGGUUGUCGCGGGAUCCUCUGUUUCCGAACCCGCCAUUGCAGUGGAGAGCGCGGGGAAUUCUCAUCAAGAGAACAAUUUCCAGCUUUCCGAAGGCAAAACGGCCCAGCAAGCCACGUUGAAUGAAGACAAUAAAUCGAUGCAACGGGAUUCGGAGGUGCAGCCACGAGAACUACCGUCCACGAAAUCAACGGAGAUUGCUGAUGUUGAAGGAUCCGCUGAAAGUAAUGAUAAAGAACAGCCAGAGGAGGAGGGAGAAGCGAAUGGCAGGAGUGGCGAAACAACGUCUCCAGUGGGUGCGUCGUUGAGUAUGGAAACGGCCGCCGGACCAGUGGACGGUGAGCACCAAGUGCAACAAAGCACUGAGCUUGCCACUGAAAAUGACGACGUGCGGUCCACUGGAAACGGAACCACUGGCGCGGAGGAAAGCCUCAGCCUCGAGGCGGGCGACGGAAAUUCCGAGAGAACAAUGGGCUCAGACAGCAGCCCCACUCCUUCAAAGAGUGACGUCGAACCGACAUCCGCGGAGGACACCGACAACAUCUCUCGGACUGACGGAGCCGAAGUUUCUUCUGAAAACGGCAAGGAGGUGCCACAGACGGUCGAAACCGCACCGGGUAAUACAAACACCACGCCUGGGGAAACCGAGAUCCCAUCGGAGUCCAACGCAACAACACCCUCAGACACUGACAUUUUGCUUGAGAACGGGCAUUACGGCGAGUUGGCAGCCAUGUAUCUAAUUGGUGACAGCACCGUGCAUGGGUGUGUGUCUCGGGUGCUGUUGCUGCUGCUUCUGGGGCUGUGGGGCACUGCGGCUCUCUGCUAA